AUGACUCCUUGGUUAAAAAUUACUAGGACGAUAAAUGGAAAAACGGUCCUACAUUUAAAUUACACCAGGUGCGGAAUUCAUUUUCUCAAAAAAGGACCAAGUAGUUAUUUCAAGACCUCGUAUUGGCCAUACAAAACUGACACACUCGUUCUUAAUUACAAAAAAAAACCUAGCUCUCGCUGCCACAACUGUGGAAGAUGGAAGAUAAAUCUACUAAACAACAUGGCAAGCUGUUUGAGUGACCAUUUCAAAUGCUUGAAGACUCUAGAAUUUAUCAAAAUGAUUAAAUUAUUUAAUAAAAAUCCGCUAGAGGGCCAGACAGGCUGA